AUGUUUCUGGGUCUUAUCGGUUGGCCGCCUCUUCCUUUUCCUCACGUUACACAUUCAUUGUUCCGUACCAAGGUCAUCAGAACAAACAUCCGUAAGGUAGGGAUACCUUAUUACCGUGAGACAUGGAUUGCUCUUAGCUUCUUUUCCGCCUCUCCACCUUCACCUCCAACUCCCCGACAUCAUCACCUCUCGCCCGUACCCGCGGCCCCCGUGUCAACCGUGUCUUUCAACUUUGCAGUCCGUCCCUCGCUACCGAGUUCCCCCUUGUCCAUCGUCUUUCCAAGCUCGUCCUCCCGCUCGCCCUUCUUCUUCGUCGUCCUCGCACACACAUUCGUCCUCGGACCAAUGCCUGGUCUGUUCCAACUGGCCGAGCCAAUCAGCCCCAGCGUGCGAGCACAUCCGCCUGCCGUCGGUUGCCCGGCAUACUCCCCUACGGAGAGGCCCAAAGGAAAGUAUCUCGUCCCUCUUUUGUUGAUCAAGGUACAGUCCCGUCUUCUUGAGCCUUCGAUUCUUCUCCCCGAAGCAACGUCCACCCCUAACCUACGGCCUAUCCUGAUCCCUGCACAUGGCUUCUUGUUCCUAUCUCAGUUCCACUGUCCACUCCACCAGCUUGGUUCGGACCUGGGUCUGAUCGAGCUGAUCGGAUACCUUACUGCCCACAGAUACGCCUGGACCCUUCUGGCCUUGCUCUGCCUUACCUCACCUCACCUUGCCUCGCCUUGCUUUGCCUCGCUGUAG